AUGCUGGAUGCAAUUAAUCCUCCUACAUCGCCAUAUUCGGUAGAUAAUGAUAUCAUUGAUGAUUCAAGAGCAGCAACACCUAUUUUAUCAUCUCAAGCUGAUGAGAUUAUUCUUCCAUCAGAAGAUCCAGAAUCACCAACUAAUCCCAAUGCUCCUGGUAGUUCAUCAUCUACUGCCACAAAGACUAAUACCGGUGGCACUGCUACCACAACAAAAUCUUCUUCUUCUUCUUCUGCUUCUGGUGAUUUGGAAACAUCAGCACAAAAGAGACAUAAACCAGGUCCUGUAGCAGGUAAACGACCAAGUGCAGAAACAUUACAACGACGUAAAGAAGGAAGAAUUAAAGCUGCAGCAACAUUAGCACAAAAUUUAGCUAAAACUGGGAUUGGGAGAUUUGAAAAUGAAAAUGGAUUUAGUUUAACUAGUAUCAAACCAAUUCUGGUAAUUAAUCAAAAAAAUUAUUUCACCGAUUAUUUGAAAAAAGAUGAACAAGUUAGUUUUAUUAGAAAUUGGCGUCAAGAGAGGGCAUUACAACAAAAGAUGAAAAAACUCAAACAACAGCAACAAAAUAACAAUCAGCAGCAGCAACAACAACAACAACAACAAUUAGAUAAUGGCGAGAAAAAAGAAAUUAGGAAUUUCGAUGAUUUUAAUUUGAAUGAUAUUGAACUUGAAAUGAAAAAAGAAAUGGCUGUUGGUGGUGGUAGUGGUAGUGGUGGUGGUGCUACUACUGGUGGUGGUGGUGGUGAUGAUGAUGAAGAAGUCGAAGAUGAAGAAAAUGAAACAGAAGAAGUUCGACAAGAAAAGGCGAAAAUUGGAGAAGAUGUGAUAGUUUUACAACCAGGAUCAAGAUAUAUUAGAAUUGGUAAAGCUACUGAUGCAGUACCAUUAGUUAUUCCUAAUGUGAUUGCUGUGAAGAAAAAUAUCACCAAUAUAAUCAACCCACAAUAUGAUGAAGAUAGUGAGAUCAAAUAUCCCCGAAGAAAAUUAAAACAACCUAAAUCUAAUAGUAAUAAUAAGAAUGAUCAAAGAUCACGACAAGAAGAAGGGGAAGAAGGGGAAGAAGAAGAUUUGGAGUAUUAUAUUGAUGAAGAUUUUGAUGAACAAAAAGCAAUUGUCACCAAAGAUUUCCGAGCUAGAAUGAGGUAUUAUAAACGAAGAAUAUUACCUAAUUCACGAGAAACGGUAAUUAAUUUUAAUAAACGACAAGUAUCAGAGAAAAUUGAGGAUCAUAAUGAUCCUAAUAAAAAAGAAUGGAUUAAUCCUGAUAAACAAGAGAAUAAAAAUAAACGGUAUUAUGUUGGAGAAGAUGCAUUGAAUUUAGCAAUAAAUAGGAAUGGGCAUACAAAUGCUGAUUCACAAUGGAUUUUAAGAUAUCCCAUGAUUAAUGGUAAUUUCAACGAAAAUUCUUAUUAUUAUGAAUCAAGAGAAGAGAUUUUAGGAGAUAUUUGCAAUAUUAUAAUAGAUUCUCUUAAACAAUUGGAAAUUACCACUGAUGUUAAUAAAUAUAAAGUGAUGUUAUUGAUUCCUGAUUUAUAUGAUAAAGCAUACGUUGAAAUAUGGUGUCAAUUAUUAUUGAAAUUUAUUGGGUUUGGAAAAGUUGGAAUAAUUCAAGAAUCAAUAGCGACAACAUUUGGAGCCACUAUGUCAACAGCUUGUGUUGUUGAUGUAGGAGCACAAACCACGAAAAUUAGUUGUGUUGAUGAAGGAAUGAUUAUUAGUGAUUCAAGAAUUUUAUUGAAUUAUGGUGGAGAUAAUAUAACUGAAACAUUUGUUAAAUUAUUAAUUGAGGAUCAAUUCCCUUAUAGGAAUAUUAAUUUAAUUAAUGCUAUAGAUUGGGAAUUGGCACAAAAUUUAAAAGAGAAAUAUAUUACUUUCCAAGAUGCUGAUAUUGCUAUACAAUUAUAUGAAUUUUAUAAACGUAAACCAUUUGAAUCCACUGAAAAAUUCACAUUUAAAAUAUUUGAUGAAGUUAUGUUAGCUCCUAUGGGAUUAUUUUUCCCGAAAUUAUUUCAAAUCACUGCCAAUAAAUCAAAUCUUCAAAAUAAUAAUAAUAAUAAUAAUAAUCAUCAUCAUCAUCAUCAUCCAUCAAUACCAAGUUAUUAUACACUGAAGAAUCCAACGAGAUCAACAAUUGAGAAUUUAUUUAGUAAAUCAUUGGAUCAAUAUAAUAAUAAAUCAAAUAAUCCCAAGAGUAAAUCCCAAGAUCAAUUGAAACUGAAAAAUCAAUUGAAUUAUUGUGAUUUAACUGAUGAAGAUUUAUUAUUAAAAUUAAUUAAUCAAAAUGAUAAUGAAAAUGAAUCAACCGAGAAAGAUGAAGAUCAUCAUCAUCAUCAUCAACAUAAUCAUGGCCAAGUGAAUGGUACUACUACAACAGAUACUACAAACUCAAAAAAUAAUGAGGAUCAAUUAUUGUCUUCUAAUUUUGAUAUUGAAGAUGAAAGAUUAGUUGAUGUACCAUUAGAAAAGGCAAUUAUUGAAUCAAUUACUAAUGCAGGAUUAUCCAGUGAUUUAACUAAAUUAAAGAAAUUUUAUGAUAAUAUAAUUAUUGUUGGUGGUGGAUUAAGUAAAAUUAAUGGGUAUGAUUUAAUUUUAAAUGAUCGAUUAAAUAUUUGGCGACCAAGGAUUUUAUCAACUUCAGCAAUUGAUUUAGUUAUUAAAUAUUUAAAUGAAGAAGUUAAAAAGAAUUUAUUGAAAAAAGAGAAUUUAAUUGAAAUUGAACAAGAAAGAAUUAAACAAGAGAUGGAAUCAGCUACUAAUAAUAAUACCACUAACACUAACACUAACACUACCACCAACAACAACAAUAGUAAUAAUAAUAAUCAAGAAGAAACUACAACAGCACAAAAUAACAAUAACAAUAACAAUAACAAUGUCAAUGUUGGUGAGAUUGAAAUACCUGAUGAAAUUAUGGAUAGAAUCAAUAAUGAAACUGAAUUAAAAUUAGAUUUAGAUUAUAUUGAAGAAUUGAUUGAAGAAAAUGGUCAUUUUUUAACAAUGAAUAUUGUUCCAACACCAAGAGAAUUUGAUCCAUCAAUGGUUAAUUGGAAAGGUGGUAGUGUUUAUUCGAGAUUAAAAGUUGUUAAUGAAAUGUGGAUUACUCAAAAUGAUUGGGAUUUAUUGGGUAGUCGAAGUUUAUAUUACAAGAGUAUUUUCAACUAUUAA